UUCCUUUUAAAAAAGAAAUUUUGGGAUUUUGGGACUGAAUUAUUCUCUAUUUUUAUGGAAAUUGAAUGGAGAAAUAAUAAAAUUUAGAAAAUCGGGAAACUAGGAUGGGAAGGAAAGAAACACAAUAAAAAGGGAAAACGAGAGAAAGAAACAAAGGGUGGAGGAAAAAAAAAGAAGCUUUUUGGAGUCUUGAUUUUUCUUCUGCUUUCAGAGUAAUCCUUCUUCGUUAUCGCUGAUCAUCAGCCCCGCCGCUGCAAUCGCUGUUCAUCAGUAGCACCGUCGCCACUGCAGCAGAAAUCCAACCCUGACAGAAUGAGUUAUACUGAUUGGAGUAAGUUACCAAAAGAAUUAAUAGAGCUAAUUUUCGAUGAGCUAUAACAUGCGGGAGACAUAAUUCGGUUUGGAACUGUAUGUAGGUUUUGGGGUUUGGUUGCUUUGGAGGCAAGGCAACAAGUCUUCAAGCCUUUGAGACCUUUGAGUCCGAUGUUGUUACUGCCUCCUAAUAAGGAUGAUGAAGCCCACAAACUCUAUGAUUUCUUUAAGAAGAAGGCUUAUAAAAUUCAAAUUCCAGCUAUGCGCGAUAAAUGGUGUUGCAACUCAUGGAAUGGGUGGUUAAUCGCAAUCAAUCACACUUUCCCUUAUGAAAUAUGUUGUUUAAAUCCGAUUUCAGGUGUGCAAAUCGAUCUACCUCCGGCAAUAACUUUUGAAAAUUCUCCCCCUGACCUUGAUGAAACACCAAUUGAAUUUUUCUUGAACAAGGUUGUUCUGUCUUCUACUCCUUCUCCUUCAAAUGCCAAUUGUGUCAUUAUGGCUAUUCAUAGUAAUUAUAACAAAUUGGCAUUUUGCAAACUGGGUGAUAAGCGGUGGAUUACUUUAAAAAGUGAAGAUAUUCAAUAUAAGGACCUUUUAUAUUAUAAGGACAAUUUUUAUGCAAUAGGAAGGUCGAAAGUUGUACAAUGUGAUAUUGGCGAUGAUCCAAGGGUUAUACCAUUCGCACUACUCCCUAAGAUGGGAUACUUUCAGUAUAGAUAUUUAGUAGAGUCAUCCGACUGCCUUCUAUAUGUGUUGAGAUAUAUGGAUUUGAAGGAUCAAGAAGAUCCUUUAAAGUUGCGGUAUGAAACAACAGGUUUUAAGGUAUUUGAUUUGGAUUCGGAUAAAAGGAAGUUCUCAUAUCGGUAUGAAACAACAACAUUUAAGGUGUAUAAUUUUGACUUCGAUCAAAAGAAGUGGAAGCUUUUAAAAAACAUAAAGGAGAAGGCCCUAUUAUUAGGGCAUAACCAAGCUAUUUCGAUAUCUACUAAAAAAUUUGAUGGAUUUAAAAGCAAUCAUAUCUACUUUUUGGAUGACUAUAAGGAAGGUUACUUUGAAAAUACAUAUGGUUGCCAUGAUAUGGGAGUUUUUAACAUAAAAACUCAUCUCUUUAAGCCCAUUUUUCAUCGUACUCAAUUGUGGGCAUCUCCACUAUUUUGGAUGAGACCUGAACUUUCUUUACAUUGAAAUAUUGUACUACCGUUGUUAUAUUUUAUAAUAAUUCUUUUUUAACCUUUUA